UCACCAGAAAGCUUCAACUUCUCUAAUAGUCUCUAUUCCAAAUCGAAAGCUUCAACUUCUCUAAUAGUCUCUAUUCCAAAUCAAAAGCUUCAACUUCCAUUCUCUUCUCCUAUAGCGAGAAAAUGAAGAGUGAUGAGAAAGCUUCAUCUUCUCUAAUAAUCUCUAUUCCAAAUCAACAGCUUCAACUUCCAUUCUCUUCUUCCACUGAUUCUUCUGAGUCGUCAAGCGACAGGGAGAAGAGAAAAGCACCUCUUAUCACUGCCACCAAGAAGAAGAACGGAAAGUUGAAGAACGGAAAGUUGAAGAAGUGGGUUUGCGUCGUCAACUUCAUUCUUAGAUUAGUCGGUAUAAUCUGUGCCCUGUCUGCUGCCGCUAUCAUGGGAACCAGCGAUGAGACUCUUCCUUUCUUCACUCGGUUCUUCCAGUUUCAAGCUAGUCAAGAUGAUCUUCCCACGUUCCAAUUCUUCGUCAUAGCUAUGGCAGCUUCCUGCGGCUACCUAGUCCUUUCACUUCCAUUAUCCAUUGUAACAAUCGUUCGCCCUCUUUUAGUCAUACUCAGACUUCUUCUACUCAUUAUGGAUACGGUGGCCUUGACUUUUACCACUGCUGCAGCGGCCGCGGCGGCUGCAAUUAUCUACCUGGCUCACACCGGCAACCCCAACACGAAAUGGCAGGUCAUCUGCCAUCAGUUCGGCGAUUACUGCCAGAAAGUGAGUGGCGCAGUGGUGGCGUCGUUUGUUAUCGUCGUGGCUUAUAUGUUGUUGAUUCUGCUGUCUGCGUUGGCUCUAAAAAAGUAGAAAGGGCAAUAGUUAACCAUGGGAUUAGUAUUUUCCGGCUUAAAAAAGGCUAGGGAUUACUUUGAUUAAUUAAUUAAUUGUUGUUAUCAAUUGAGUCAAUCUGUUUCUCUGUUAUGUUUGGUGAGGUUAUGAAAGUUUAAUUCUAAUGUGAUUUUUUCAUUAAAAAAAAUUCUAAUGAGAUUAUGUACCCUGUUGGUCAAUUUGUGCAAUUUGCAGACGGACUGUUUGCAUUAAAUGAAUCAAAUAAAUUUUU